GCUCCGGCGAAACCGUAAACAAGUUACAUUCUGACGCCUGAGCUCACAUGCAAAGCAGGAAGACUUUUAUGGUUUUCCCCGUCGUCCCCGCCUACUUUUACAUAUUCAGCCUAAAUAUGACCAAACUGUAGGCGGCUGCAGGUAAGGAAGGCGGGCAGAGACGUGUCCAAAGAUGUGUUGGGGAAAUAGUGAGCAGGUAACGUUAGUCCCUUCAUGACAGAGGCAACUUUAGUCGCAUUCAGUAACUACUCUGCAGGGACGGUUCUAGCCUACUGUUGCUGAAGGAGACCAGUCGUCCCACCAUGGAAACACUGACAGAAACACAAAGGCCCAAUAACGGCCAGUUGAUUUUUGUGCCUCACAAGGAUACAAUCCGUCUGCUGGAGGUGUACGUCAAGCGCAGCCUCAGCGUAAAUGACGGGACAUUGGGGGAUAAGAGGGCAGGGAGGAAAGAAAAGUGGGUGACAAUGCCAAGAAAGCUAAGACGACAUUCCAGUGACCCUUCCCUUCACUUGGCCGAUGGAUUAAACGACAACAAAAUUGGUACAUUUUCUGCAGUCGAACUUCCUGCAGCGCCGCCUGAGAAACGACCUGAGGAAGCAGAGAAACCCACCAAAAAGUCAAAGAAGAACAAGAAGCCCUCACUGUGGAAAAGUUUCCUUGAUUUUUUCUCUCGGAAGAGUGACGAGGAGAUAGAUGAAGAGCAGGACGGUCCAUUAGAGAUGGCCGAGGCCACCUCAGCAGAAGACACUGUGACAACCUGCCUGCCCAUAUCUCCAGACCUUUCACCAAAAAGAAAGGCCACGAGGAAAAAAUCCAUAAAAAGAAGGUUCUCCAAAAGGCGCUUAUCUCUUACAAAACAAAAUAAACCUGGUAAAGAUCUCCAACCUGCUGACAUCACACGAGUUGAGGCUGUCGUCAGCGUGGAACCGACAGAAUAUUACUACGAGAAGGUGUCAGAGGAACUGGAAAAAAUUGUUCACGAGGUCCAAGGAAAAGAGGAAGUUCAACCUCUCUCUGAUGAGGAAGUUAUCGACAGGAUCAUUAAUUUAACAAAGGAGGAGGGUGAUGCCAUAGAAAUCAAGCUGAAAGACAACCCCACCCUGAACAGCUUCUUUCAAGGGAUGUCAUACUCUUCAUUCCAGAAGUUGGCUGAUGCGUAUCUGGAGACCGAAGCAUUGCCGACCCACAAUCCUCCCACUGUCCUACCGACAGCACCUGAGCUGGUCAAGUUGGCCUUUACGCUGGACUUUACUGCCAGGAUAGCCGGGCUCUCCAAACAGAAUAUAGGUCACAUCACUGGCCUGGGGCACCGUUAUCUACAGGACCGAUUUAAAUACCAACAGGCAUGUACAAAUCAUCCAGGGUCCAACAGUGAUGUCUGAGAGGCAGACAUUCAAAAACAAAACCAUUGCUGCAAGUGAAGCGUUCAACUUUUCUCAGGAUGUGUUGCAAGCAUGAAUUUCCCCUUUUGAGAUCACAGUGUGGGUACCUCACACAACAAGUUUUAAGCUUGUAAACGACAAAUUGUUGCCAUUAACAUUUGAGUGUGUACUUCUCAAAGAGUUGACUGGUGUCCUUCACAUGUAAGAUCACAGUCCUAAAACAUGACGCAAUAUUUUAGACUCACAAAUAGCUGAUUCUACAAUGACACUAAUAAUGUGAUGCUUUUUUCUUUGUUACAAAUCCACCAUUGAAUUCUAUACUUCCUGUAUAUUGAUUUGUAAUUAUACAAAGGAGCAAUGCAAUAACUUGUGAUGUGUAUAAGCUAUAAGACACCACUGUGCAAUAUAUAUAUAUAUAUAAAUAUUUCUAGGAUUUUAAAAUAAGUCAAGCUAAGUGAAAUGUGACAUGAAUGCUGGCGUUCAUAUUACAUAUUUGAAAGAUGAUUUAAUGCUCAAAUUUGUGUCUGUGUUUUUUGUAUUUAUGACACCAUACAUUUCUGUCAGGCUUUACUCUUUGGUAAUUGAACUUGUCUCUUGAACUGUGCAACUCUUUGCAAUAUAUAGAGCAAUGCAAAAUCAAGGCUUACUAAAACGCUAAUGGCACUCUUGGCCUCACUCCAUCUGUAAAAUAAUCAUUGAGUACAAAUAUUUUUAUUCCAAGAAAUCCACUCCUUCUUCACUAGAAGAGAGGGUGAAAUCUAAUAGAAUGAGUAAUGUCCAACAGCUGGAGGCUAAUACUGCAGUUUCUUUUGGAUGGGAGUGUCCCUUUUCUGUGGCCAGUGUUUCCCAACCUGGGGUAAGGACACCGUCAAGGGGUCGCGAGAUACAUUUUAAGGCUUACAAGACAAUUAAAAAGACAGAUGUCUGGGAAAAGACGCAUAAUUAUGUUUGAUUUUUCAGACAAUAUAUAUAGAUUUGCCUUUUUGCUCCUGGAUAAUCAGACCUUAUCCAUCUUCUAAAAUGUCUCAAAAAAUAACUCUUUGAUGAAACAGUGGUAUAAAUGUGCAACCAAUGACAAGCUGACUAAUGCUUUAAUUUAAGGCGUCACAAGUCAAAAAUUUGAAUUUUGAAAGUACUGUUCAACUUUAUAAAGCAAGCUAGUUGUGCGAAGGUGGAGGAAUGAACAACACCUUACUGCUGCAACCUUAUGCACAGUGUGGGUUGAUCAUGCAGCUAAACAUUAGUAAAAGAUGUGUUCAUGUGUA